AAACUUAACUCGGAUCCUCGAAAAAACUUUAUUGCAUUGUAUACACUUUGCGACAGUGCCGUCAGAGAGAAAUUUUAAAUCAGUAUGGAUGAUCUGCGUUGGAUAUUGACAGAUUUCAGAACACGAGCAAAACGUGCAGUAAGAGAAGGCUGUUUUUGAAAGUUGAAAAUGGAGAUAACCAACUUUGAUGACACCACCGCCUACAAUCAUAAUUACACAUCACUAGAUUCUGUAUAUGAACCUGUUAAAACUGUAAUCCAGGUAUUGGAGUCUGAAAAUUUGUCAGACAAACUUGACAGAUAUUACAGAUAUGUAAAAUCGACUGUGUUGAACUAUCAGAGUGCUGCCACAGGCCUAUUCCCCACCAAAACAGUUGGCAAUUGUAAUAAAGCAAAAGUUCGAGAUUGCCUUUAUUGUGCUGCUAGUGUUUGGGCUGUUGCUCUAGCUUAUAGGCGCAUUGACGAUGAUAAGGGAAGGACUCAUGAGUUGGAAUAUUCUGCUAUAAAAUGCAUGCGUGGAAUUCUUUAUUGCUACAUGCGUCAAGCUGAUAAGGUGGAAAGUUUCAAGCACAACCCAAGUCCAUCAAACUGCCUGCAUUCUGUGUUCAAUGUCCACACAGGUGAUGAACUGUUAUCUUACGAUGCCUACGGGCAUCUUCAGAUUGAUGCUGUGUCUUUGUUCUUGCUGUAUUUGGUGGAGAUGAUUUCCUCAGGAUUACAGAUUAUCUACAAUACGGAUGAGGUAUCUUUCAUUCAAAAUCUUGUUUUCUGUGUGGAAAGAAGUUACCGUAGACCAGAUUAUGGUAUGUGGGAAAGAGGAAGCAAGUACAAUAAUGGGAGCACUGAACUACACUCAAGUUCUGUUGGUAUGGCCAAAGCUGCUUUGGAAGCAAUCAGUGGAUUUAAUCUCUUUGGAAAUCAGGGUUGCUCUUGGUCUGUUAUUUUUGUUGAUUUUGAUGCACACAAUCGAAACAGACAAACGCUUUGUUCACUCCUUCCACGAGAAUCUAGAUCCCAUAAUACUGAUGCUGCCCUGCUGCCAUGUAUAACUUACCCUGCAUUUGCAGUGGACGAUGAUGCCUUGUUUGAUCAAACUCUUGAGAAAGUUAUUCGCAAACUGAAAGGAAGAUAUGGAUUGAAACGCUUCUCAAGAGAUGGAUACAGAACUGGAUUGGAGGACCAUUCACGACGUUAUUACAAACCAGCCGAAAUCAAGCUGUUUGAUGGCAUUGAAUGUGAAUUUCCUCUGUUUUACAUUUAUUUGGCAAUUGAUGGUGUAUUUAGAGGAAAACCUGAUGAAGUGAAAAAAUACAUGAAACUCCUUGAGCCAUUGCUGCAUCAAUCAUAUGAAGGGUUUGCUCUCGUACCGAAGUACUAUUAUGUGCCAGCUGACUUUAUUGAGUUAGAAAGAGAAUCACCUGGCAGUCAAAAGCGUUUUCCUAGCAGCUCUGGGCGUGAUGGAAAUCUUUUCUUGUGGGGACAGGCUUUGUACAUAAUGGCAAAGUUGCUUGUGGAUGAACUGAUCAGCCCACAGGAUGUGGAUCCAUGUAGGCGUUACAUUCCUCCUAAGGAACAAAGGAAUAUAAGCUUGAGGUAUUCCAAUCAGGGUCUUUCAGAAAAUGAUGUGGUUGUUCAUGUGUCCCUGAUUGCUGAAAGCCAGCGCCUUCAAGUAUUUCUCAACACAUACGGAAUACAAACACAGACACCUCAGCAGGUGGAGCCCAUCCAAAUAUGGCCUCAACAGGAGCUUGUGAAGGCCUAUCUCCACCUGGGUGUUAAUAAAAAACUUAAAUUGUCUGGAAGACCAAACAGACCCAUUGGAUGCAUUGGAACAUCAAAGCUUUAUAGAAUUCUGGGAAAAACGAUUGUUUGUUAUCCCAUUGUUUUUGAUUUGAGUGACUUUUACAUGGCUCAAGAUGUCAUGCUGCUGAUAGAUGACAUUAAGAACUUACUACUAUUUAUUAAGCAAUAUUGGAAAAUGAAUCGGCGUCCUCUAUUCCUUGUUCUGAUCCGUGAAGAUAACAUAAAGGGGAGUCGACUCAAUCCCAUUUUGGACAUGUUGGCAGCUUUUAAAAAUGGCAUUGUUGGAGGAGUAAAAGUUCAUGUUGAUAGACUUCAGACAUUAAUAUCCGGAGCAAUGGUAGAACAGCUUGAUUUCCUUCGGAUAAGUGAUGAGGAAGAAAUUCCACAAUUUAUAAGUCUAGAGGAGCUGGAAUUCCCAAAGCAUUCAAAAGUGAAGCGUAAGCCAAGUUUAGCAGCUGAUACUGACUUGGUGGAACAUCUGGAGAUAAAUCUGAAUGAUUGGAUGUUUUCCUCCACUUCGGACAUUCUCCAUAAACUAUCUGAAUCCAGCUCUCUAACCUCCCAAGCUAUGCUCUUGAGUAUUUUACUGAAGCGAGAAGGACCUAAUUUCAUAACUGGAGAAGGGACUGUUAUCGAUCGUUUGGAAAAGAUUUAUCAACGUUCAGGCAGCAGAAAACACUGGUUGGCUGUACGUUACAGUGCUGCAUUUUUAGAGCUGGUUGCUGCCUCUAUAGCCCCAAAUAUUACCUCACUGCUGGUACAUGGGAAGCAGGUGACGAUUGGGGUAUUUGGUCAAGAGGAAGAAGUUAUUUCAAACCCAUUAUCGCCAGCAGAAAUAAAGAACAUUGUCUUUAAUAAAUGCGCCAAACAUGAUGUGAGGGAUGCAGUGCUUCAACAAGAGCUUGUCAUUCAUAUUGGUUGGCUUAUCUCUACUUCUCCAGAACUCUUCCAUGGCAUGCUGAAAUUGAGAAUUGGAUGGAUCAUCCACGCCAUGAAACAUGCUCUUAAGAUUCGAGGUGAGGAUCUAUCCACGGAUUAUCUGUACCAGAUGUCACCAAGUGAUGUUAAAAAGCUUUUACUGGAUGUUCUGCAGCCUGGUGAAAUGGAAAGGUCAUGGCUGAACAGGCGUCAUCUUGAUGGCUCCUUAAACCGUACUCCAAAGGGUUUUUAUGACAGAGUAUGGCAGAUUCUGGAAAGAACACCAGAGGGCAUCAAAGUGACUGGAAAACACCUGCCCCAACAACCAACUUUGUCAGAUAUGACCAUGUACGAGAUGAACUUUUCUCUCCUCGUGGAAGACACAUUACAAGACAUCAUACAGCCUGAAUAUCGACAGAUCGUUGUUGAGUUGCUUAUGGUAGUUUCUGCUGUGUUGGAACGCAAUCCCGAACUUGAGUUUACUGCUGAAGUUAAUUUGGACAAUCUGGUCAAAAGCGCUUUUGACGAGUUUAAGGAUGACAAAAGAAGGCUGGAGAAUGUUGAAAUUAAAGACAUGACCAAUUUCUACAAUACUCAUCCAUUGGGUAUAAGAGGAACAUCCAGCUACUUGAUGAAGGCUGUGAUGAACACAUUACUUGAGGGUGAGGUUAGAUCAGGCCCAGAUGAUCCCUGUGUGAUAUGUUAAAGAAAAUGUAGAAGAGUAUGCAUGUACAGAUGAUUUCUGUGUGUGAAUGCAUGUUCAUACCAUGAUAUCGCUCAAUGUAAUUCGAGACACAUACAUCAGUUUGCCAGGUUUCAGCUGUUUUUGUGCAAUAAGUAUGAUUUCAUUAAACUGAUGAUGUAUUCUCUAGAGACAAGAAAGUGAGCUAAUUUAAAUGUUGUUGCAUGUGUAUGAAAGAAAUUAUACUUGAUAAAUGAAACAUUAUUUUACACUGUUUAGUGAGUGUGGUGCUUUAUAUAAAGUUAAGCUAUUUGCUGUAAAAUCUUUAGAAUUUGCAUGUGCACCAAUGUGACAUGCUAUAAUUGUUCAAUAAAAAUGGGUUGUUUAAAACUAGAUAUUAUAAAUCUAUAUUUGAAAAUUUUGUGUGUCAAU